AACAAAAGGCUGAUUUGAAGCAGGUCCCUGCCACUCAUACAAUAAUCAACUGGUUGCGCCGAAUUGCCGCUGAUGCCUUGAAAGCAGCUGAUGAUGGUGGUGGUUACAAUAUCGAGCAGACAGGCUACUGGAGCUCAUCGACAGCAAAGGGACCCUCGUCGCGCUUGGUCGUUGUAAUUGUCCACCACUGUCCAGAGAAGCAGAUGUGCUGGGCGAUAGUUGCCCUUCUCUAGUGGACAAUCGAGCUGGUUCUGCAUCAGACGUCUUUGCAGAAAAGAACUGUUUGGCAUCGCCAGUAGUAUUCGCACAAUCAAAGUGGGGAUGCCAGCGGCAAGGGAUCAGUCAGCAAACAUGGCUCAGCUUGCUACGGAAUUGAGCAGGCUGCAGUGUCCGGUGCCAAUUGUGUCACCACAGAUGCUUCUGUAUCCGGGGCAAACUCGAUACGCCACAUUAGAGUGGCUGUUUGGAAGUUUGUUGGGGGAAAAGUCACCGUUUGCCUUUGGUCAAGCGGACAGCCAAGAUGAGCAAUCACGAAUUCAGCGGCUUGCAGAUGCUGCACACUUUCUACAGUUUUGUCAGUCAGCAGAUGUGGAGCUCGUGCAGGGCUCCGGCUCCAUCUCUGAUCGGGUUGGGUUUUUGCGGCAACUUGUUGAGUGUGUCGAUGCGGUCCGCAAUCCUGUCAAGCAGACUUGGAGUCUGGACGAGCAAACCGACCAAGAUAUGCAACUCUUGGAGAGCAUAUGCGAGCAAAGGCAGCAGGUGUUCUCAGAAGAUUGCCAGUUGUUUCCACGAGAUGUGCCUUGCUCAGACCCCCAAUUGCCUGACGAAGCCCUUCUGGAGUCGAAGCUCAGGGAGCAUCAGGAAGAACUGACGAGGGUGCAAGAGAUGUUGCAACUGCUUGUCAGACAAGAGAGCGUUGAAGAACCAGGUGGAGACCGUGCGGAGGCCUCGAAAGAGCUUCAAGGGAUGUUAGACAAGUUCCUGGAAUCUGCAGAGGCGUUCGACUCGAUCUACAAGAGAAUAAUCGAGCAUUGGGCCAAAGCUGUAAAGAAGCCGGAGCUAUAUACCUUCGGGGCUGACUCGCACCACAUCCUGGGAGCGUACACCACAUUCAAACAGUUAUGCACAGCACUACAUAAGAUCAGGUCAGCUUCCCGUGUCCUGACGGAUGAGCACCUCUCUACGACCUCCAAUGAGACACGAGGUACAUCCAGAAAUCUAGCGCUGCUGCAGACAGGGUUGCAGCCGUUCAUUGAGACGUAUGAGGAGGCCAUUGUGGCUAUCGAUGAUGGACUACGUGUCUUACAAAGUGCCCGGUCAUCAGGAAAGUAACUCAUACCGGAUCAUGUACUUCAAGGGAUUGGUUUUGGUAUACACGGAAAGCCAUAAUGAGACCGUCAAAACGAACACGAUAAUAAGCAAAGAAACUUCGGAACUACAGACAUGGUUAGCUUGUCGAGCGCGCAAGCCAACCGAUGGCAUGGAUUCACAAU